GGUAUCCGCCCUGUAUGCAGGACCUGGAAGAUAGAGCAGGCCAAGAGGGUGUUGGAAGGAAGGAGGGGUCUGCUAACCAACAUCAGAGGCGAGGGUGAGGUCGUGGCAGAUGUAGCCCUCGAUCGUCUACCAGGACAACCACCAUUCAACGUGGCGGAGGCGUGGUUGGGCAUGAGAUACGCGGUUCCAGGCCGGGUAUAAAAGCAGACCACAACACCAUUCUUCCAAAACACUUAUCUGAGCGGACCGAAAUGUGCUACAUCAGGGAACAACCAACUGAGAGGGACACCAGUCGCAUCGAGCUGCUGAUGAACUUGACGGCCCGCCUGUGCAUGCGCAGCACUUGCUACAGAUUAGACGUUGGCAUUGUCUGUAUGCAGUGUGCUCUCGAAGCAGCCCUUGGAGCAGCAAGGAUCUAUGACAUGGUGGAGGCCGCCUACCACUGCGAGGAGUGUAUUGCCGCCAUCAUCAUGGAAAUGGAAUACCAAAGAGCAAACCAACCCAUACCACCGCCUGCAAUAGUACCAACCUGGUACACCGAGAGACAAAUCCGAUCGAGGCAGCCUGGACCCAGACGUACGCUUCGACUUCAUACCGCAGUUAGCAGCAUCACCAACCAUCACACGUAGCGAUAAGUACACACACAUCACACAUAACACCCGACAUAUUGCAUUACAACACCAAAACUUCAACACAUUCUAGUGAGUGUUUUCCUUUCCAAUUGAAAGCAUCACGAUUACCGCGAUGUUUCAUCUAAGGGGGGAGGUGUCACGUAGACAGACCGUUUUUAUCAAACGUGUCUCCUUUCAAAUAAGCUUAAACAUCUGGAAAGGAAAACUCUCGGGCAAACCGACCAUUUACUCUCGUAAUAAACAGAAGGCCCACCGAUAG